AUGUCGACGCCGAGCCAGCUCUUCCUCCUCUCCGACCACAUCAAGCUGUCGCUGCUGGAGCGGAAGCGUGCGCAGAGCCUGAACCUCGAGGACGAUACCCAGGAUGGCCACAUCUCCCGCUCUCUGGACCAGUUCCGCGACGGCGUCGCAAGUCUCGGUGACGAGCGACAACGCCUGGCCGACGCCGGUGAUGCGACUGGUGCCUCGAACAUGGCAGAGUCUAUCGCAACCCUCCAGAAGCAGCUGGACGACUUGACAGCUCAGUUCCAUGGCUUCGCCAACCCCUCGACCACGGCCACUCUCAUUCAGCCCAACUCGGAGGCCCUCGCUGAGGACUUCGCCCAUGCUGCCUCAACAUCACCCUCCGGCCGCAAGCCCAAGACGGUGCGCUUCAGCGAUACGCCGCCGUCCCCGUCCGACGAACUCUUCGGCCGCUACCGCGAUGACCCGGCCACCGCCGACACGUCCGGCUAUCAGGACGAAGCCGCCGGCAUGUCCAACCAGCAGAUCCACGAGUACCACUCGCAGAUCCUGGACCAGCAGGAUGAGCAGCUCGAUCAACUGGGCGUGUCAAUCAGCCGCCAAAGAGAGCUGAGCAUGCAGAUUGGCGAUGAGCUCGACAGCCACGUUGCAAUGCUUGACGAGGUCGAGGGCGUCACCGAUCGCCACCAGAGCCGCCUGGACCGCGCCAGCCGUACCCUGGGCAAGGUUGCUCGCGGUGCCAAGGAGAACUCGCAAAUGACAGCCAUCGUCGUUCUUAUAAUCAUCCUCAUUCUUCUCAUCGCCAUCUUGAAAUAG